CGGCGGCGGCGCGACGGGGAGGAGGAGCACGAGGGCACCAUGUCUGCGGUAGUCUAUUGCGGCAAGAGGCCCUCCUCCAUCUUCGCCGACGACCUCCUCCCGCCCUCCCCUUCCUCGCACCACCACCACAGCGGCCCGGCGCCCAAGCGCUCCCGCUUCUCCCCGCCCCCGCACCACCGCCGGGACGCGCUCCUGCACCAGCUCCGGGCCGCCUUCCCCGCCAUGGAUCCCCAGUUGCUUGAGAGAGCUCUUGAAGCGUCUGGUGAUGAUUUGGAUUCUGCAAUACAGAGUUUGAAGGAGCUGAACUUGGAGUCAACUCAGGCUGUCUUAUCAGCUACUGCAUCUGAAAAUGGGCAACCAACAGCAGCUCAGCCAUCAGUUGAAGGUACUGUUACCAAUGGUGGCUUGGACACAGCUACUGAACACCAGCCAGCUGCUGAUAGCCAUCAGGCAACCAAUAGUGGCCCCGAAUGGGUUGAGCUUUUUGUGAGAGAGAUGUCAAACGCGUCCGACAUGGACGACGCACGGGCUCGUGCGUCGAGAGCUCUGGAAGCCUUGACGAAGUCCAUUGUCGACGGUGCUGGAGCUGCUGCAGCUCAGAGCCUGCACCAGGAAAACAUGUUGCUGAAGGAGCAGAUGACGGCGAUCCUGUCGCAGAACGCAUUGCUGAAGCGUGCUGUGGCCAUCCAGCAUGAGCGGCAGAAGGAGUACGACGAGCGGAGCAACGAGGUGCAGGGCCUGAAGCAGCUCGUGCUGCAGUACCAGGAGCAGCUGAGGACCCUCGAGAUCAACAACUACGCGCUGCAGAUGCACUUGAAGCAGGCCCAGCAGAGCAACUCCAUGCCCGGGCGCUACAACCCUGACGUCUUCUAACUUGGCGCGAGGUUGAAGAUGAGUCUUGAGAAUUCAGGGUGGUACUCUGCUCUAUGCAGAUGACAACAUGUUAUCUUGGGUAGAUGGAUGUUUGUUGGUUGGUUGGUUGGUUGAACCCUUGGGCCAUGGGGCGCAAAGAUCUCCAUGGUAGAUGCGUUGGUUGAUUUGAAUGUGUUACCUUGAUACAGUUUCAGAUUCUAUAUACAAAAAAACAAUCCCAAAUUCUUUA